AUGCAACAAGCUCCACGACCAGCAGGUCCCCCAAUGGGUAGAUAUCCACAUCCUCAUCAGGUAAAUAUCGAUUAUACAUAUUUUAUGAACAUAAGAAUUUUACAGAUGCCAGGAGGUGGAACUCCACAGCAGAUGAGACGCCCAAUGCCUGGACCUAUUCCAGGUCAGCAACCACCACAAGUUCAACAAAAUCGCCCCCAACAACCACCGAAAAAGAAGAAGAAAUAUGCUGACAAAUUGAUUCAGCCAAAAAUCAGAGAAUUAGUUCCGGAAUCGCAAGCUUAUAUGGAUUUGCUUGCUUUUGAACAGAAAUUGGAUGCAACUAUUAGUAGAAAGAAAUUGGAUAUACAAGAAUCUCUGAAACGCCCUCAAAAAAUCAAGAAACGGCUCCGAAUUUACAUCUCGCAUACUUUCAUCGCUGGAAAAGAACCAGAAAAAGAGGGAGAUGAAGCUUCUGUUCCAAUGUGGGAACUUCGAGUUGAAGGAAGACUUUUGGAUGAUAUUCAACAACCGCCACCGGCAGCAAAUGCAGCAGCAGCAACAAAUCCAACAGCACAAAGAACUAAAAGAAAGUUUAGUUCGUUUUUCAAAAGUCUUGUUAUCGAAUUGGACAAAGAAAUCUAUGGACCAGAUAAUCAUUUGGUAGAAUGGCACAGAACACCAACAACAAAUGAAACUGAUGGUUUCCAAGUUAAAAGACCUGGUGAUAAACCAGUUAAAUGCACGAUUUUAUUGCUUUUGGAUUAUCAACCAAUGAAAUUCAAACUUCAUCCGAGAUUGGCUAAAGUUCUCGGAAUUGCUGCAGAAACUCGUCCAAAAAUUAUCGAAGCUCUUUGGCAAUAUAUAAUCACUCAUAAAUUGCAAGAUUCACAAGAUCGAGAUUUUAUUAACAAUGAUUUGUUCCUCGAACAAUGUUUCGGUCAAAAGAGAAUGCGUUUUAUGGAAAUUCCACAAAGAUUACAUCUUUUGUUGCAACAACCAGAUCCACUUAUUUUGAAUCAUGUUAUUCAGAAAAAUGAAGAAGGACAAGAGAAAACAUCAGCAUGUUAUGAUAUUGGUAAAGACUUUUGAGAUAAAUUAUUGAUUUUUAAAUUUUUUCUUCAGAUGUUGAAUUAGAAGAUCCACUCAAGGCUCAAAUGGCAACAUUUGUUCAUAAUCAAUCAAGUGCAACUGAAGUCGCAAAUUUGGAUCAGAAAAUCUAUGAUGUGGUCGAACAAAUCAAUGAGAUGAAAAAACGGCGAGAUUUUUAUGUUAGAUUUGCUGAUGAGCCAAAUGAUUUUAUCAAAAAAUGGAUGAUUAGUCAGAGUUCUGAUUUGAAGGUGCGUUUUGAACAAGGGUUUUUGGAUUUGAGAUUUUUGUUGAAAAUUGUUUUCUAGUAGAUUUUGGCCAUACAUAAAAAUAAGCCCCUUGAGCAAAUUUUUUCUUUAAAAAUUGAAUCAAAUCAGGCUAUUUUCUUAAAUUUGAAAAAUUUUUAGACUUUGACUGAAGCGAGCGGUGAUGGCGAAGCAGAAAGAAGAUUUGAUCAUUACUUGAAACCAGAAACUGAUGAAGCUGUUUAUCGGUGAGUUUUUAAUUUCCCAAUUUUCUUUUUCUUUCAAAAACCCCCUUUUUUCAGCUACAUGUACCAGAAAAUUCAACAAAAACGUGCCGAACUCGAACAAAGUCUUGGAGUUCGAAACAACUAA